UUUGGUACGUAUCGGAAUUAUAUUGUUCUCGAGUUAGUAUUUAAACCAGCACAACCAAAAAUGCCGAAGUCAUUUCUUUGAUGUUUGGGUUUCCAGAAAAUUGCCGUAAAUCGUUAACGCAGUAUCAAAAUUCUUGUGACGGAUAGCUCUAAGUACAUAUAGGAAGUUCCUGCAUAUAAAUUUUCGCAUUCACUUGGAAAAAUGUCAUCGUCAACCUUAUUAAUAUUGAUUACUUUUACAGCUGUUUCCGAUGCCCAGUUUCCAUCGUAUUUCUAUUCUUCACAAAACAACCUUUCGCCGCCAAACUGUGUCUGUGCGUCUCAGCAGCAAGGACUGUACAACACAUAUCCAUCUCAAAUCCCGAACAACAAUUAUGUUUAUCCAGGAGGACAGCUUCCGGUUAACCAGUAUCCGAAUCAGCCGUCCAUAAACCCUUAUCCGAACAAUCCAAACUAUCCGGCAAAUCCAUUCCCAUCCAACAACGUUCCUGGGAAUCUGAUCCCGCCUUUGUCAUCGAAUAACCCCAAUGUUGAUCGUGGACAAGGAAAUAAUUUUGGCCAGAGACACUUUGGUGGUCCUUUUGGCUAUAAUGGCGCAUCGACCACAAUGACAAACUAUCGCAUUUGUGGAACAGACAACAAUAUGUAUACGGAUGUCUGUCAAUUUGUCAAUGCGCAAGCCGCGAAUUCGGAGCUAGGUGGACGCCCAUGUGACUUGGCGGCUGCCAUUCAAGAAGUCAAUAGCGGAAGUGCUUUAUCUAGACAGGAUAACACAGGACCCGUGUGUCUGAACACCCGAGUGUCAUCUUCCUCAGCAAAUUUUGCCUUGGGAGUGAUGUCAACAUCACCAAGUAUCGGAAUACGUUGUCAGGGCUCAUGCCCUUGUCAGCUGAGGUGUCCUUCUACACAGGCUGGGAGUAUGCAGAGCCCUUCUACUUUCCAUCACUGGAGCUUCCAGCAUGGUCAUCACGGGCAUGGUAGACCGUUUGGAAGAUAGCCAAAUACUGACAAAUUCUUUCACAAAAUAAGUAUUUUUAAGCAUCUCUGAAUGUACAGAUAUAUUGGCUUAGCGCUGCACAAUGUCAAUAUACAGGAUCAUACCCUGUCGAAAGAUUGUUAUGAGGCGCAUCUAAAUAUGACAAUCCGUUUGCUGUUAUCAUUGCUUUUAGUGGAUAUAAAUUAAUACGACUCCGAUAUUUAUGUUGCACAACUGCUUUUAGAAAGCCUAAUUUUAAAACCAAUAUUUAUUCAAGUGAGUGGUACGAAAAACUGUGGGAUGUGGGAUAAAUCGGGAGCAGUCUUUUCCGCUU